AUGGCCGCCUCGGCCUCCGCCUCAACCUCGUUCUUCUCGCCGUGCGCCCUCACCUCCAAGCUUGGGGUAGGGCACGCGUCCUAUGUCUCCGGACGCCGCGCCAACGUGCGCCGGCGCGGCCGCCUCUCGGUGGUGGCCGUACAGACGGGCCCGCAGAAGCCGUCCCCGUCGUCGUCCCAGGCCGCCGCGGCGGAGGAUGAGGCGGACGCGCUGCAGAAGCUUCUGAAGAGGGAGUACAAGUACGGGUUCGUCUCCGACUUCGAGUCCUUCUCUAUCCCCAAGGGGCUGUCGGAGGCCACCGUCCGCCGCAUCUCGGAGCUCAAGGCGGAGCCGGCGUGGAUGCUGGACUUCCGCCUCGCCGCCUACCGCCGCUUCCUCACCAUGGUCGAGCCCACCUGGAGCGACAACGAGUACGCGCCCGUGGACCUGCAGUCUAUCUGCUACUACUCCGCGCCCAAAACCAAGCCCAAGCUCAAUAGCCUCGACGAGGUCGACCCGGAGCUGCUCAAGACCUUCGACCGCCUCGGCAUCCCGCUCACCGAGCAGAAACGCCUCACCAAUGUCGCCGUCGACGCCGUCAUCGACUCCACCUCCAUCGCCACCACCCACCGCGAGGCGCUCAUGGCCAAGGGCGUCAUCUUCUGCUCUAUCUCCGAGGCCAUCCGCGAGUACCCGGACCUUGUCAGGCGCUACCUCGGCAGCGUCGUACCACCGGGCGACAACUACUACGCCGCCCUCAAUUCAGCGGUGUUCAGCGACGGAUCCUUCUGCUACGUGCCCAAGGACACGGUCUGCCCCAUGGAAAUCUCGACCUACUUCAGGAUCAACGACAAGGAGACUGGCCAGUUUGAGAGGACUCUGAUUGUGACCGAUGAGAGAAGCACGGUUAGCUAUUUGGAAGGCUGUACUGCACCGGCAUAUGACUCGAAUCAGCUCCAUGCUGCGGUUGUGGAGCUUGUAUGUGAGGAGGGGGCAGAGAUUAAGUACUCCACGGUGCAGAACUGGUACUCUGGUGAUGAGGAGGGCAAAGGAGGCAUUUAUAACUUUGUGACAAAGAGGGGACGGUGCAAAGGGCGGGGUUCGAAGAUUUCAUGGACACAGGUUGAGACAGGAUCUGCUAUUACAUGGAAGUACCCAAGCGUUGAGCUCAUCGGGGAUGACAGUGUUGGAGAGUUCUACUCAGUUGCGCUUACAAAGGAUUGCCAGCAAGCAGACACAGGGACGAAAAUGAUCCACAAGGGGAAGAAUUCACGCAGCCGCAUUAUAUCCAAGGGCAUCUCUGCAGGGAAGUCAAGGAAUUGCUACCGUGGCUUGGUCCUGAUGAACUCCAGUGCGGAGAAUGCUUAUAACUCUUCACAGUGUGACUCAUUGCUGAUUGGGGAUAAUGCGGCUGCGAACACCUACCCCACCAUUCAGGUGGGUUGCACUAGUGGCCGUGUUGAGCAUGAGGCAAGCACUUCCAAAAUCGGAGAGGAUCAGCUAUUUUAUUUCCAGCAAAGAGGGGUAGAUCAUGAAAAGGCUGUUGCCGCCAUGAUUGGUGGAUUCUGCAGAUCUGUUUUCGAGCAUCUUCCCUAUGAGUUCGCACAGGAGGUGGACGCACUCAUGAACCUGAAACUUGAGGGAUCAGUUGGCUAA